AUGGCAGAUGGGAAAGGUUCUGAAAAAGAGAAAGACAGCCAGAUAGCCAAUGGAGAUAGUCAGGGGAAUGGACAAACGGCUCCUGGUAAUACUUGUUCGGGGACAGAUAAAAAUAUUGUAGCUGCGAUAGACUUCGGUAGCACCUACUGUGGGUAUGCCUACACGUUCAGGACCGAGUAUGAGAAGUCGACUGGGGCUCGACAGAUAUUCAGCAAUAGAUGGUCUGACUCGGGGUCGCUUUUGUCCGCAAAGGCCCCAACCACCGCUCUGUUUGAUUCCGAAUAUAACUUCCACUCCUUCGGGUACGAGGCUGAGCAGAAGUACGCUGAGCUGAUCGAUAGAAAACAACACAAUGAGUGGCACUGUUUCAGGAGGUUCAAAAUGAAACUUCAUGACAAAAUGACGUUGAAGCGUGAACUGGAAAUCCCGGAUGAGGCUGGAAGACUAUUUCCCGCCAAAAAGGUGUUCACCGAUAGCAUACGGUACUUGCGCGAGAAGUUGGUGGAGGAAAUUGAGAACCGAAAUCCUAUGAAGAUUAAGCUUAAGAAAGUGAUCCAUUGGGUGCUCACCGUCCCAGCUAUAUGGACUGAGCCCUCAAAACAGUUUAUGCGCGAGGCUGCGACUGACGCGGGAAUUCCUUCAGAAGAUCUUAGGAUUGCCCUUGAGCCUGAAGCAGCUGCAGUAUACUGUCGUUCCCUCCCACUAGACACUUUGACUGACUCCCAAGACCAAGAGGUGACUGGGGCAUUUCGUCCUGGUGGGUCAUACAUGAUCAUCGACCUGGGAGGUGGAACGGUGGACAUGGCGGUUCACGAGGUAAGUAAGGACGGCCGACUGAUCGAAAUUUGGAAAGCGUCGGGCGGACCCUGGGGAGGUACCUCAGUCGACAAAACGUUUUACGACUUUGUCGUCAAAAUGUUUGGCAAAGAAUUUAUAGAACAAUUCCGUAUCACGAGAGCGAAGGAAUGGAUGAAGUUAUCGAUGGAGUUCGAAACACAAAAAAGGAAACUGAAGUUUGACACCAACUACAAUAUCAAGGUAGAGCUUCCCCCGCGUCUUAUUGCCGAGAGCAAUCUGGAAGUUAAAGACUUAACAUCCUUUAACAAACUAAGUAUAGAAAACGAUGAUUUCAAGAAUUUUUUCCAACCUUCCACAGAAGACAUUGUUGCCCAUAUUCGGUCGAUUCUAGCGGAAGUGGGAAAGGUCGACCUGAUUUUAUUGGUUGGUGGAUUUGCUACAUCCGGGUAUGUUAACCGAGUCAUAAAGGACGCUUUCCCUGACAAACGCGUGGUAGUCCCGCUUCAGGCCGAGGUAGCUGUAAUGUACGGUGCUGUGCUGUUUGGAUUUGAACCGUUGGUAAUCAGUUCAAGAGUUUGUCGACACACCUAUGGAAUUCGGGUUACUGAGGAUUUUAAAGAAGGCUAUCAUCGAACCGAGUAUAUGGCGAUUAUUGACGGUGAACCAAAGUGUAAAAACAUAUUCAGUGGGAUUGUAAAAGAGGGAGAAACGGUGGGUUUGACGGAGACCCGCAAUAAAACGUACACAUCCACUCAUCGAGACGAAUCCAGACGGUACAUUUCAAUCGAGUUUGCUGUAUUCGCCUCAAAGUCAGUCUGCCCCAAAUACACGACAGAAGAGCCUUGUGUUCGGCUUGGCUGUAUCACUAUUGAGCCCCCAGCGGACGGAUGGCCACCCAAAGUCAACUACAAUGUUGACAUGUACUUCGGGCAGACAGAAUUUAAUAUCACCGUGAAAAACGAUGCGAAUGGACUGGAAUAUAGCUCCAGCUUUGACUUUCUUGGAUAAUAACACAGUAUACAUGUACAUACAGCAAUGUUUAGAGUAUUUACCGCUCUCUGUAGAGGUACCGACCAGACUUUGGGAAAUAGGGUCCCCGAUACCAGUAACAUCAAAUAGAGCCUUAUAGAAACUCCCAUUUAAUGUGUGUUACCAGCCUUACAAGUCUCAUAACAAUAAACGGUUAAAUUAAUACGUCACUUCAGUCACUUUAAAUUCAAACUAGAGUGUAAGUUGUCGAAUGAAUUCCGAUUUAGCUGGUUAUCGGAAUUGGUGACCAUACGAUACCUGUAAAAAUGGCAGGGCCAUCCUUUUAUAAAGAACUUUGUAAAACCGUAUCAAGAACAUAAAAUAAAAUGAACAAGAUAAAACGUAUGGUAUUUAUGAUAAUAGAUAUCAAGUUAUAAUUAAGUUAUUUUUUGAUAGCCACAUACAUAUAUAUUAACAAAUACUAUCUCGAUGUACUUCGGUUGUGAUAAAUUUACCGUAGAAGUAUGAUAAUUGCACAAAAUUUCAGAUACCAUAAAUAUUUAGACUAUGCUGUACAUAGUAAUAUCUAUAUCGAAGUUAUAACCAUUAGAUGGCUUCCGAAAUUCUCUAUUUGUCAUUGACUUAAAAACAUGAUUUGACAGAUCAAAGAUACAUGCGGUAAAUAUCACUUUUGUUUAUGUCAGAACAUUGUAUUUAUUGUCUACACAAUGAAUUAGACUUAGGAUUUGGGAUACUUUCCUGAAGACAUAGAUAUAGAGCUCUCAUUGUUAAUGCCAUCAUUCUCAUAUACAAAUAAAGACUUUGGAUGAGGGCCGUCCAUGGUUUUACGAACCUGGCCUGGACAAUAUUCCCCGAAGCCGAAGGCCGAGGGGGAUAUAGUUCAGGACAGGUCCGUAAAACAAUGGGCUGUCCGAAACUAAAGUCUGCAUUUACUUUAUCACAUGAUUUAUAUCAAUAUAAACAAAAACUAACAAAAAAAACA